GAGCGUGCUGUCGGACAUUUAAUGACUGCGCACACACUUCAUUCAGCAAACACCGGUGAAAUACAAACUUUUGUAGAGCGUGAGUAAAGCAUGCCUACCUGUGCGCGUUUGUCAUUCAUCUAUAGAAGAGGAAGCGGAGAUUCCAGUGAAAAUGAAUGCUCUAACAUCUGGUUGUUUGGUGUUACUGACCUUCAUAACAAACUUUUAUUGUAACACAGCAAAGGCAAAUCCUUUUGUGUUUGAGAAGACCCAGAUCACAGCUGAAGAAGGCUCCUGUGUUGAAAUCAAAUUCGUUCCUCAAGUUGAGAUUCUGAUUCAGAAUCAGAAUGAAGGAACAUCAGAAGACAUCAAAGAAGGAGACAGCAUCACUCUUGAGUGCAAACUGAAGAAAAGCAACCCAAAACCUGACAGCUUUUUCUGGAAGAAAGAUGGAAAACACCUUAAGAAUGUUCAGACUUAUAAAUUGAUUAGGAUCAAACCAGAGGACAGAGGAAACCACACAUGUGGAGCCAGAAACCUGAUUGGUUCUGGAACGUCAAAGUCCAUUUAUCUAAAUGACUUUCUCAGCAGACAAGCCAAUGACAAAGCAACAAGGACACAUGGACGAUGAUUACCUCAACUACCCUUCAACUCACUUUAAAAAUAAGCCAAAGUGUCUGAAGUCUAAGAUACCAGAGGAGGACGUUGUGUGUAGAAAAGUCCGUAAAGCCAAGCCUCCCAAUAAGGAACAGAAGGAGCAGAUGGAUUAUGGAAACAUUGGUGAUGUUCAUGGAGCCAAACCUCAGAAUGUUUUUAACUCUGACUGUGACACCAGUGAAGAUGCUGUGGAAGUCAAAUACUCACAGGUGAACUUUAAACCAAAGCCUGGACACCAGAGAACCAAGAACAACUCCAGCAACUCUCAGGAAGAAACUCACUAUUCUCAGAUCAAAUAUAACACCUGAGGAGUAUUUUUGCAGGCAGAGACAAGAGGCUUUACCAGAACUGUUGCUAUGAUCACAGAAAGUCAUUGAAAUGAUGCAUUAUGGAGAAGACGCGUCACCGUCCACAGCACCUCCAUCCAGGUCUACAGCCCUGUCACCAGCCACUUCAGCUUCUACACUUCCCUCUUAUGUGAAAUGUGAUGUAGGUUUUCCUAGUGGGAUCUAUUGAGCACUGAUUGGGACACUUGUCCAAAGCUUAGUCCCUGAUUGAUUGAAGCGACGCAGAGACCUCGCCAAUGUUCAGAUAUUUGAAUUGAAACGGCAAUGAAACGACUGUGAGACACAGAGGAGAGGCAGUUUUCAAUUUUUUGAUAUUUUGUUUUCGUUUGUAAAUAACGAUGUAGAAGAAGUGCCCCCAUGAAUUCUGCUUGUAAAUUCCUUUGAUAAAAUACCUACCCUCAAAAUGUGAUAUGAAAAUUUUGAAUAGAGGAAGUUAAAACUGUUCAUACGCAGCAAAGAAAAAAAAAGCAACACUUAAGACUGCAGAAAUUAAACAGAGUGGUUUGCUUUCAACUGCUGUUCUGUACUUGGGUGUGAAUUUAAAUAAUGCACUUUAAGAUAAGAACAAACUGCUCCUUUAGCUGAUACCAUACCUAUAUAUAUAUAUAUAUAUGUUGGCAUAAAUAGGGGUGUGUGCUUCUCUUUUUGGCCUUUUUUUGAGCCAGAUUUUUAACCUGAAAACUUGAGAUAACUUUGUUGGCCUUAAUCUGCUACAUUUCUGUUAAUAAACUGAAUAAGUCCUA